UAAGAUGUAGGUGGUCAGGAUUUGAACUAGGUACACACAAAAACGUUACCAUAAGUUAGUGAUGAUAACUGGGAAGACUUGAUGUCAGUGGGUUUACCUUAUUAACACACUAGUCUACAAUGAUUUCUUUUGUCAACCAAAACUGUUUUUGCAUUAACUCAGUUUUCAUUUGUAGUCAUGGUCCUAUUGACUAUUGACUAAUUAGCAACAAAAACUAGUGCACAAGUGGCAAGCAUGUAGGUGCUGAUAUGUUCAUCAUAAAUACAUGAAACUUUGAAACGGUUUAUAUGCAUCAACCGCUUCAUAUAAAAGUUGAUGCACAUUUCAUUUUUCAUCUUAACUGCAAAACUCAAGGGAAAUCCUCUUUCUCUUCUUCUCUGAUUUUAUAAGUGAAUUAAAAUGGUCUCAGAUUCUUGCCCCCCUCUUAAGGAACCUGAAUCAGAUAAAAAAUGGGAGGAAAAGGGUCCCCCUCGCAAUGCCAAAUGGUGGUACUCAACUUUUCACGCUGUGACAGCCAUGAUUGGUGCAGGUGUUCUCAGCCUUCCCUAUGCCAUGGCAUAUCUAGGAUGGGUGCCAGGGACCUUGAUUUUGUUGAUGUCUUGGUGCCUGACUUUAAAUUCAAUGUGGCAAAUGAUCCAACUCCAUGAGUGUGUCCCGGGAACCAGGUUUGAUCGUUACAUUGAUCUUGGAAGACAUGCUUUUGGACCAAAGCUAGGGCCAUGGAUUGUGCUGCCCCAGCAACUGAUUGUCCAAGUUGGGUGUGAUAUUGUUUACAUGGUCACUGGUGGGAAGUGCCUGAAGAAGUUCAUGGAGAUUGCAUGCACCAAUUGCACACAAAUCAAACAGUCCUAUUGGAUUCUCAUUUUUGGUGGCAUCCAUUUCUUUCUUUCCCAGCUUCCCAAUUUCAAUUCUGUUGCCGGGGUUUCUCUAGCAGCUGCUGUGAUGUCACUGAGCUAUUCAACUAUAUCCUGGGUGGCUUGUUUGGCUAGAGGUCGUGUUGAGAAUGUUAGCUAUGCAUACAAGAAAACCACUUCUACUGACUUAAUGUUCAGAAUUUUCAAUGCACUUGGUCAAAUUUCAUUUGCAUUUGCUGGCCAUGCAGUGGCCCUUGAAAUUCAGGCCACAAUUCCAUCAACCCCUGAGAAGCCCUCAAAGAUACCAAUGUGGAAAGGUGCUAUUGGUGCCUAUGUCAUCAAUGCUAUAUGCUAUUUCCCAGUUGCACUUGUAGGAUAUUGGGCCUUUGGAAGAGAUGUUGAGGAUAAUGUGCUUAUGGAAUUUGAAAGACCUGCAUGGCUUAUUGCCUCAGCUAACUUGAUGGUGUUCAUUCAUGUUGUUGGUAGCUACCAGGUUUAUGCUAUGCCUGUUUUUGACUUGAUUGAGAGCAUGAUGGUCAAAAGAUUUAAGUUCCCUCCAGGAGUAGCACUUAGACUUGUUGCUAGAUCUGCUUAUGUAGCUUUUACAUUAUUCGUUGGGGUCACAUUCCCUUUCUUUGGUGAUCUGCUUGGGUUCUUUGGUGGAUUUGGUUUUGCUCCUACUUCAUACUUUCUUCCUAGUAUAAUGUGGCUGAUAAUCAAGAAGCCAAAAAGAUUCAGCACCAACUGGUUCAUCAAUUGGAUUUCAAUAUACAUUGGAGUGUGCAUUAUGUUGGCAUCUACAAUUGGUGGCUUAAGGAAUAUUGCCACUGAUGCUUCUACUUAUAAGUUUUACACCUAAACUAUUUUAUAUUAUUGCAAAAAUAUGUAGCAUGAGCAAUUAAUCUAGUUAAUUAGACUGGAGUUGGUGAAUGUCUAGUUGAUAAUGUCCUUUGUUCCUAUAAGCAACUAGCCUUUUAGUCUUCUUUCUCUCCUUUUAUUUUAUCUUAGUGAGAUGUUAAUUUAUUAAUAGAACAAAUAGUUUUAAUUGGCUUCA